AUGGUCCAAUUACAAGAUCCCAACUCUACUCCCAAUAUCCUUUCUGCCAAUUUGGAUAGUCUUUCCAAUCUUUUGCUUUUGGAUCACUGGCUGGUUGUUGUAAAAGUCUUGGCAAAAACCUCAGCUGCUAGAUUGUCCCAGACAAUUUCUAACAUAGUACCACUGAUUAUCAAUGGUCAAAAUAAAAAAGAUGAUGGCUCAACCAAAACUUGCUUGCAAACAUCAGAAUCACUUCUCCUCAGAUUACCAAGUCAAAUGACAAGCUUCAUUCCCGUGGUGAUUGAUCUAGCAGCUCAAGCCAUCAAGCACGAUCCAAAUUACGCAGCGGAGAACCCUGAUGAUAUGGACAUGUACUAUGCAGGUGCAGACGGCAAAGAAGAAUAUGACAAUGAAGAGUUUGGAGAUGACAACGCGACUGAUGAAGAAUUAUACAUCUUCAGGUAUUCUGAUGACGAUGUCGUAUCUUGGAAAGUUCGGAGAGCUGCUACCAAGCUUUUUUUGACUUUGAUUGUCACUGGAUUUGAAUCAUACAAGAAUUCUGCAAGUCGAUCUCGCCGGUUCUCUCGGUUCAAUGAACGUGAAGAGAGUGUCAAAUCAGAAGUUUGGGCUACUCAAUUGGUGAAACAAACUAAAUUGCACGUUGGUUUAAUGUCCAACCUGCUGAAAGAGAUCUUAAACAAAAAUGAGCCCACUCUUUGGAAGGAGAAACUUGUUUAA